AUGGAUCAAACAAAACACCCGACAUGUGAAGCCUGCCUCUACAACAACAAGCUUGCAUCAACUGAUAAUCCCAGUGCUUUGCCUCCCCUGAAGUACUGUAAGGAUGGCUGUGAGAUCAAGUCGGGUUCAAAAGCUGGUACUAUGUGUGGGGGAUGUAGGAGAAAAAGUGAACAACCUCAUCAUAUUAUGUCCAAUUUCCAGCAAAUGCCGCAAUCCAAUUUUUGCCAGAUUAAUGAAGUCAAUUCGCGGCCAGCCAGCCAACCGUUUCUUGUCGACGACGUUGACCCAGCAAGAAUUUUGGCAAUCCGCUCAAAAUUUCAAACUCCUCAACUUCCUAUAAGCCAACCUGCUUCUAUGAACGCUAGUACCUCUCUAUCUCGUCACUCUAUCACGCCAGCUCCUGCUGUCCGACAGGAGAAACAACCAGCAGAUAAUCCACCGCAAUCCCAAAGUGCCUUAGUCGGAUCAGAACAAGAUCAAGCGUACCUGCACGGAGAAGCAACCUCCAAAAGGAUUUGUCUGGAUCAAAUUUGGGAGAAAAAUGCUCGCAACACACCACAAUCAACUGCGAUUGGACGCCACCACCACCAGAUUUUGCAGAAUUCAGCUGGACCAGCACCAGUUACGAAACAGAUUGCAGUAAGGCUCAACUAUAAUGCUUACAAUGGGCAAAAGCCACAUCCUAUCCCAGAUUAUAUGCAUGAUAUUGAUUUUUUGCAUCAAGACUGGGAUUUCAAAAUCAUGCAAGCUGCUACCAAACACUUCCAAGAAAAAUUGGUUGAGAUAUUUCCAAGGAAUGAGGAGCUUGACAUCAAUCAACCUGCUCUUCCACCCUUUGACCCUUUAUUUUACUCUCUUGGUAUUGGUGCUGGAGAGCUUUCUGGAGAACAUCUGAAGCAAGAAAUCAUAUCUCCAACCAAACACCACAAAAACCAGCGUAACAUCAGAGCUGCAACCUCUGUGGCUUCCAUCAAUACAUCAAGCUCCAUCUCUGACAGCAAUUUUGCAGCUGAGGAUAAUGGGCAUCUUGCAUAUCCAGAUCCUAAAAACGUCUUCAGAAUUCUCCACUAUCAUCAAAAAUACAUCAACCAACAAUUUUGUGAAAGGUUCAAUCAACACACCACUGGAAAACAAUUUUUGAAUAGCCCAAUUAUCAGGAAUUCAAAUUGGUCUGGUACCAUAUCAAGGAGUGUUUCUCUGGCUGUCCAAAGGAUACAUCAGCUUUCUGGCCAAGGAUUCGACCCUCUUAAAGUAUCCAACUCUGUUGUUGUGGCUGCCCAAGAGCAAUAUGACAUUGCAAAUACACCUUUCUCUCAAGAAGUCGCAACUCCCCUGCCUGAUGGUCAUCCUGCUGGCAAAAAUCAGACCAUUACAACGAUCUCAUGGAGUGAUGCUCUACAAAUACAGCUCGGAAUAGGACAUCAGAUUGCUUUGUUCGCCCCUUCUUGGAUUUGGUCCUUUGAAGGUAUCUUGCCAGGUAUUGACAGCAAUAUAAGAGAAUCGAGGAAUGCAAUCUGUUGGGAUAACGCCAUACUCACAGCCCUUGUCAAAAGCAACACUCAGUCUAUUCAGGAAGCGACCCUUGCACCUCUUGUCUUUGGUCAGUGGAAGUUUUUAGCAGAAGUCAAGCACAAUGAAUUAAUUGGAAAUAAUCGGGUGUACCAUCAGACCUCAUGCUUGCUUGAACAAUUCAAGCUGGCCAUGUUUGUGCAAUACGAUGUCACGAUUGCUCAGAAGAAUAUCUUGAACUCUUUACAGGCUGUUUUUAAUAUGGGCAUGGUAAAGGACAACAAAUGGGCAAGCACUUGUUUGCAAUAUCAAGACAUUCAAUGGACGCUUGACUGGCAUGCGUAUGAUGGAUCAAAGCUGCAAUCAGCUCACUUUGAGUAUCCGAUUCCUGAGGAUGAGGCUGAUAGUGCCAUAGAUGUGCCCAUUGAUCCCAUCUUUGAAACACAUGAACCCACCCACCCAAAAAGCAUUUCUGCGCAGUCAGAGGCUGAGCAUGAUACUGCUUGA